CGUAAUGGUACUGCUCCAAGGGAUGUGUGUACACAGAGGAGGCUCCGAGGGAAGUGACGGUUAAUGAGAUGUGGAUUUCGCUAUCUGUUACAGGGUCUGUUCCACUCAAAAUUAAAUUUAUGACUUUAAGUGUUCUUGGAUUGGGAAAGUAUUUAUCGACUGUGUUAGUAUCAUAUCUAGGACCAUGUGGGUAUGAAAACUAAUGAACAGGCCCCUCAACGAUUCUUCUCCGCAGAGUAAAUACUUCAACGAAUUCUCGAAAUAUGAUGGCCAUAGAUGAGACAUAAGAGUAAAGAAUUAUGUAAGGUGACAGGAGAAUUUUUUUUUGUUUUGAAAAAUCCCAAGGUGCAAUGUAAGAAAAAAACAGGUUCCUGUGUUUUUAAUUGGAAAUUACAUGCUGUGAAUGUGUUGUUUUAUUCACUGUGCAUGAUGCAAAAAUAAUGAGGGAAGAGGAAAUUGAGACAGCCAUUAAAGUGGUAGUGGUUGGCAAUGGAGCAGUUGGAAAGUCCAGCAUGAUCCAGAGGUACUGCAAGGGGAUCUUCACCAAGGACUAUAAGAAGACAAUAGGGGUGGACUUUCUGGAGAGACAGAUCGAGGUAAAUGGAGAAGAGGUUCGUUUGAUGUUAUGGGACACAGCAGGACAAGAAGAGUUUGAUGCCAUUACGAAAGCAUACUACAGAGGUGCUCAAGCUUGUGUACUUGCAUUUUCCACAGUCGACAGAGAUUCAUUCGAAGCCAUUGAUUCAUGGAAGAAAAAGGUUGAAGAUGAAGUUGGAGAGAUAGGAAUGGUCAUCAUCCAGAACAAGAUAGAUCUGAUUGAUGAUGCUGUAGUAGAGCCGGAAGAAGCGGAGGCCCUUGCCCACAGACUACGCCUUCGAUUUUAUAGAACAUCUGUCAAAGACAAUCUCAAUGUUGAUGAAGUGUUCAGAUACCUCACAGAGAAAUAUUUGUUUCAAAUUAACUGUGAGGUAGAAGAGGAGCCUUAUAAUCAACCAAAGAUCACUAUAGGUCAAGGUCUGUUAGAGGCUGAAAUGAACAAUCAUGUAAAAGACACCAAUGGGAAAACUAAAGAAAAGGCUAAUGGUAAACUGCAGAAAAAGAAAAACAGAAAUCGUGACGAUUCAGACACUAUAAAACUAGAACCGAGCAAGCGAAGGACUCGUGGCAAAAAAUCCGUGCUGCAGGCUACCAAGUGCGUUAUAUUGUAGCUUCCCAUCCAAUUCUAGUGUUUCCUGUAGAGUACGUUUUCCACUUCAUUGUGUGUGUGUGUGAAUGUGUGAACCAAGCCCAUGAUCCUUUGCCAGAUGAACUUUCUAGCUGCUGAUACAUAUUUGGAUUGUUCCAGAUAAUGGAUAUUUUGAUCAGUGAAUGAAGGGUUUUCUGAUCCAAGAGUGUAAAUACAUUUUAAUGGCAAUUUAUGCAUUUUGAUGUCAAAAUUGAUGAGAUAACUUUUUUAAAGCGAUGUCUCUAUUUUGAAGAGAUUUUACGUACAAUCAUUUAUGAUGGUGUAUGCUGUGUUAUGCUUAUUGUCCUGUUAUGUGUGUAUCUGCUUUUUUUCUCUUGUCACGUAUUUUCAAUGAAGCCAUGUUUUAUGUAGCAGUUUGAGGUCAUAUAGUUAGUCUAAGAUAACAAAUGCAAUCUUUGGGUGAUUUCUUAACCGGGGUACAGUAUUUUUGGUAUAACUUGUGUAAAUUGAAAUAGUGAAUAGAUUUAUAUUGUAUACAUUGACAAGUAUUAUGAAAGAGAAUUUUUUCAAUAGAUUAUGGUUACAUCCAUGGUUGUAAUUAAAUAGAAUUUUUGCUUGAAAUUGUUUACAUUUUGUAUGGGAUUACUAUCUGUUUGAAAUUGAAGUUCCAUAUACAUGAAUAGUCCAUUCAACAUUAUAUUACAUCAUAAAAUAUCAUACCUAAAUAAUUGUGUAUCAGCCAUGCAAUACCAGUACUUUUAAGUCACCAUUAUAUGUACAAUGUUAAAACCACAGCAAAAAUAUGGUUUUAUGAGUGACAUAUUCAUAUUCAAAUGUGCAAACUUUAUCUAAAAUGUUCCCAGUUUAUUUGUGUACAAACUAUCCUACCUUUUAUACUUACAAGAGUUCAAGUUUAAUGAAGGGUAAGAAAUCUGAACAUGUGACUGAUAAUAUGGUGUACAGGAAAACGUCCACCUAUUUCACCUUCAAAUUCAUAAAUUGGUGAUUUGUAAUUUCACACAUUACUAUUGAGUAGUAAAUAAUGGCUCUGAUCAUAAAAUGAGAUGAAAAUACAGUGUAUUUAAAAAACAAAGGGCAGAAUUUUCCUUGGAUACAGUAUGUAGUAGGCUAGAUAACACUUUGGCUUUAAGACAUGUAAUAUAAUUUGGUUCACCUCCAUGAUGGUAGACAGGCAUCCAAGUGAUCGUGUGUACCAAUGGCUAUCAAUUCUGUUCAGUGAUCAAUGAAGACAGAUUCAUGGAAUUGAGAGGAAAAACACCCAACUAAUAUCCAUACAAAUUUUUAAUGCAAUAUUAGAAAACUAUAUUACAACAGCUUCAGAAAAACCAUUUGCAUGAAGUAGCAUGUGUACUGAAUAGAUUUGAUGGCUUUUAUCAAAGAUAGCAAAUUAUCUGUUUUCCUUGAAAAUUUAAAGGUAUAGUAUUUGACAGUUUAGAAGUACAAGUAUGUAUCAAGUCUGAUGAAUACAAUGGUGAAUUGAUAAACUAUCACAGCAUCAUAUUUAAACAAGAUUUAUGACCUGAAUGUGGAGAUUUACACAACUCUAAACUGCAAUAGGGUUCUCUACCUGGGGGUGUGCAGAUUUCAUGAAAUACUUGUUAAUGCCCAGUUACCUUUCUGUGGGAGUCUGAAUUCCUUGUAAUAAACUUGUCAAUCCAUUGUCAGUAAAACAAAGCUCUGGCAACAUUGUAGUGUUAUAUUUAUACCAUGCAUAUCUGGGAUCAUUGGGGCAUAUUGAUGCAGAGCAGGUUGUACCCUAAAGAAAUCUUGUAGUGAUUUAAUAUACAAUGUACAUGUACAUGUAUGUUGAAUUAUAGUUGGUAUCUAAGAGAUGGUUUUUGUCUCAUUUUUAUUGUGGAGAUAGUGUUCAAAUUGUGUCCCUUUUUGCACAUUUUAUUUUUAAUCUUAUAAAACCACUAUUAUACAGCUGUCUAAAGGAUCUGAAGAUUAAGUAUUUAUUUAUUUAUUUUGAUUGUAGUAGUAUAUAUUUAUUUUCGGGGGUAUAUUUUUUUUACUUAAUCUAUAGUAUUUCUGAUACAGUGUGUCAGUACCUGUUGUGAAAUCUGUUGAAUGGAUUUUUUUUUAUUGCAUGUUAAUCAAUGAAAUAAAACCAACUGCAUAGAGGGGUUAUACUGUGGUUCCAAUGAAUUGUUUUAGUAUCAUUAUAGGCAGACAAAAUUUCAAACCCAUGAUCAAAUCAAUCAAUUUAAAAUGAUCGAAUUGUGACUUUUGUACUGAGCAUUGUGAUUACCGGUCUGUCAUCAAUGGAGUCACCAGCAAAUUGUCAGUAAUUGAUAUGUAUUUUUUUUUUUUAAUAUCAAUGGCCGCAUAUAUACAUGUGGUCUGAAUAAAAAUUACAUGCAAAUGUAUAGCAUGUCCAUCAUUAAAAUAAAACUGGAAAUAUAG